AAUAGUGACGUGACCUGACGUCACCUGCCCCUCCCUCUUGUGGAUGUCGAGUGAAAAUGGCGGAUGGACGUCUCCAUGUUAGAGUGUGUUUGCUACACGUUCACUAACUAACACAACACAUAUGCGGAGGACUACGCAAUAAGAGGCCAGAUGUCGAUGAGUUGUUUUAUUGUUCAUGUAGAAAAGUUUUUGUGGUUCAGAUGAAGUUGAUCACCGUAGAACUACUGUAGUUCUCCUCGCGCCGAACGGGGCACGUGGUGUUGGGAAGGAACCAGUCCAGCAUCACACAACAGGCAUAUAGCUCAAACUUAUGUAAGCUGCUCCCACCCGUCUUCAAAGAUGUCUGACUUACUGAUUAGAGCGUUCAGGGCCCAGCUGACCACAAGCAUGGACUCGGUUCUGAGGAGAGCAAUGUUUGAAAUAAUGAUAAUCUUCGAGAGGAGUCUCCAUGACCAUCAAAUGGAGCUGGCACAGAAAGGAGAAGAGGUUGCUCAACUUAAAAUAAAGUUGCAGGGAGCGGAGGUUAGGCUGACCGAAAUUCAGCGUGAAGGCAACAGAGAAACGGAGAUGAAGAAACGCCAGCCUGAAGAUGUCCCGAGCGGCCCUGAACCAACUUCUGAUGUUCCUGAGAUUGAUUUUGAAUUACCUGAUGACUGGUGUGCUCCCUUGGGCUUCGAGACUGCGGCCAAGCAAGAAGUAGGCUUUUGUCCCAGUGUGAAACUGCGCCCGCUGUCCAUUGCCCUCUGGCCUCUUAAGAUCAUCAAGCAAGAGGUUGUUAAGCACAACAUUGAGUCCCACCAGCAAAAAAAGGGUCUCAGGAGAUCCAUGAGAGGUUCUUCAUUAAACGAGAGGCGCACAGAAAAGGAACAAGUAACUCGACGCCCACCGCUGAGAAACGACAUGAAGAAAUUAAUCCGGGACAUCAAACAAGAAUAUAUUGACCCGACAGACGGUGCAGGUCCGAGAAGAAGUGUGAGACAUGUGACAGGAAAAGAGCAAGGCAGUACGAUGAAGCGCAAAAGAGGAGGAGGCGGGAUCACAGCAGCUGAGGCUGAAGACAAGGCGGCCGAGAAAAGUGACAGUGAAAAAAGGUACGGCUGCAAGUUUUGUAAGAAGGACUUUGAUACAAUAUUUGGCCGAGAUGUGCAUGUACGCUCUCACAAGAAGUGCAAAGGUUGCAGAAAGGAGUUCCCUUUUCCAAGUGCUCUUGACUAUCAUCAAGUAACUUGCAGAAAACUGAAGAAACUGUUGGCAAUAAAAGCUCAGUCCGCUAACCCUCCAAAACCCCAGUCCAGUGAUGAAGAAACCCUGACUGCAUUGGGCAAAAAGGGGAUUGUUAAGAAGGAAAGCACAUCCUCCUCUAACGACUACAGUAAAGCAUCUAUCAACAAAGAUAGGCCAGCCAACAAGCAAUGUGAACAUUGCAGCAAGGUGUUUCGCAGCAAAUGGAUGCUGAAACAACAUGAGCGUGUUCAUACUGGUGAGAGGCCGUUCCUUUGCAGCGCGUGCCCAAUGAAAUUCCGCAUUAAUCAGGCCCUCAAAAAGCACAUUUUGAGGAUGCACAAAGACCAGACCAAUAUCAGUGAGACGAAUGAAAACCAUGCAAGGAUCAAGCCUUCAGAGGAGCCUGGAGAUGGCGCUCAGGAUGUGACGACUCCAAGGGAAGACACAAGUGUAACGACCAAGCACAGCAAAGUGAAGAGAGCUUGCAAUCCAGAUCCGGGGCAGAGUUCAAAAUGGAAAACCAUGGGGACGCGCUGCCCUGACGGUUUUGUCUGCGCGGUGUGCCACAAGGUCUCUAAAAACAAAUACCUUUUGAUUGAACACUUUCGCACCCACACAGGUGAGAAGCCCCUGAAAUGUGACCAGUGUUCUGCAGUGUUUCGUUCUCGUGGGCAGCUGAGCAUGCACAAGAAAAGUUGUUCUAGUCCUCUCAAGGUGAUCCAGUGUGGGAUGUGUGAAAAGAAAUUUUUCUCUCGAACAAAUUACAUGAACCACAUGUCAAAUGUUCACAAAGAUCAGCCAAAUUGCUGUAAUUUUUGUGGAAAAGACUUCCUGACAAAAGGUCGCCUGAGGAACCACUUGGAGCUUUACCAUAAGUAAGCAAGUGUACAGUUGGGACCACUUGCCUGUGGACAUUGAAAAACUGGACGUUGUUGUUUAAGCUCUGGCUGGUUGAUGAAGGCGUUUCCCCCCACACUCUUAACCCUUUUUAGGUCUUGUUUUUUUUUUCUUCUUCCUUUUGAGAUGUUUUAAUAUGAUAAUUACAGAAACCACCUCAGUAUUUCCCCAUCUAUUUUAAACAGUACUGCAAAACCAGUAGUGGGGAAAAAGGGUGUGUAUUUCAGAACAAGUUGUGUAAAUGCUCCACUGCUUUACAGUAGACUGGACUUUGACCUACAGUAUUGGCCGCGAUGGUCUAAACUAAAGCCUCGGUAGAAGCUGUAUGACUACCUUUUAAUAAUCUGUUCUCUCACAUUACACAGCAUAUCCCUGAAUCCACCAACCUUGUAUUUACUGAAGGUAAAUGUGAAGGAUGUCUUACAUUCAAAAUGAUUGUUAUUUCGGCGGAUGCUUGAGUUCUUAAAAAAGCCAACACAUAUUUUACAGUUUCAGCUAUUUCAAUGGUUGUUUUAUUGAAUGGAGUGUGUUGGUUCUACACAUGUAUCCACAUGGGAUUAAAUAACAACCCUACUGCUCUUUAAUACAGGUAAUAACGUGUAAUUGUGUUGCUAGUUAGACAUUGUUGACAAAUAAAAUUCCUAUUUUAUACUUUGUCGUGCCGAUUUUUAUUGAGUAAUAUUAAUGAUGGAGUUUGUUCUUCUUUAUUUCUGCUAACAUUCAUUUUCCACCUCUGAAUGUCCAUCUUUUCAACGCCACACAUCUAUUCUGGAUCUCCAUUGAUUCCUGCGGCAUCCGAAUCCCGCAUCAUUCUUAUCGCGAGACUUGGAACUCUCGUAUCAUUACAGACGUCAACCUGCUAGCUGGACAACGAGCCGCCGCAUCUGUGAACGUGACUAAAGUCCUUUCAUGGAUCAAAUGUCAGCCACCAGCGGCCCGCCGAGAGACAUCCCGACCCGCGUGUCUGGUGGUCGCCAUUGCACACACAGUUGGCUCCAGGGCUCCGCUUCGCUGGCUCCCUAGUUGACACGUUAGCUUCUAAAACUAGCUAACAACAUGUAUUGUCGCUAGCUAGAAGUUGACACUGUUUAUAUUCUUAAACUAUGCAAACUGACUGCAUUGCCUUGGCAUCAUAGCUUUAUAGUAUUUUACAAACAUUACAGUGAGAUUGUUUAAUCAAAACAAACUGCUGUUAUAUAUAACCUAGUUAUAUCUAUUGGAGAUGGCCUAGCUACUUGACAUGGCAACACCGCAUGGCAGCCUAUAGAUGUAAGGGCAGAGGAGUGGACAGUGGUCACGUUGGCGUCCUCGCCCCUCAACCGUCUCCAGAGGACAACCGUAGGCUCUUCAAAACAUUAUCACCGAAACAAAAGACGAUGGAGUCCGCGAGAAGCGCCUUCCACGCCCAGCUGGCCGCCGUCAUGGACUCGCUGCUGGCGGCCGCCGUGUGCGAGAUCGCCAAGGUCUUCGAGGGCAGCUUGUGUGAACAGCAGGCGGAGCUGAAGCAGAGGACGGAGGAGAUCUUCGUCCUCCGAGGCAAGCUGGAGAAAGUGGAGAGGAGGCACAGGGCGAAGGGGGAAGGGAGCGAGGAAGGGGAGAUGUCGUCCGGACACAGGGAGGGCGGUUUGAGGCAGCAGACCCUGGCAGCAUCAGGGUUGAAUGGGGGAAAGGAAAUGUCUUCUCAUCUGAACCCAGAGGGAGGACUCAGUAGCCAGAGCCUCAGUGGGCUGAAAGAAGAGGUCACCAGCCAACAUGGCACUUCAGUAAAACACGAGCGUGCUGGAUCUCGACCUUCUCUUGGGUCUGUCGCAGCCCAAGUCCCAGACAGAAGCGUCGCUGCUGGGGACCAGAGGCCGAUCGGUACCCUGUCUGGUACACAAGCCAAGGUCAAAUCGUCUCAUUGGGAUCAGGACGGUGCUGACCACAGACCUCUCCAGGAUCAAGCCUCCACCCCUUUUCUCUCAAUCUCCCAGAGCGGACGUUGCUCCCCCAGGCCUGACCCAAGCCUAGCUCAACCAGGGGAGUGGUUACCGGGGUUAAACGGCGCACAAGAUGGGGUGUCUGGUCUGGAGAACCUGCAGCCGGAUGGCACCAGCUGCUCUGGUCCGGCUAGCAGCAGCACUGGCACCGACACACCCUGCUUCCGACCAGGUUUUGCCUCCGACGAGACCAGCAACGAAGACGAUGACGGCUCCUUCCCUUUCCUGGACCAGGAGCCUGAAAACCACAACGCCAAUCAGAACUCGGUGCAGGGCCAGGGAGGGGAGCAGAGGGGGGCUCGGGAGGUUCAACCCCAAGCCCCCUCUGGAGAAUCACCAUGGAGACCCAGAGAUGACAGGGGUGGCAGAGGCCCCAUCAAUCACACACGGCGGCUCACUACCUUGGGCAAUCGAGACCCUCUUCGACCACAGUCCAACUCACAGCUGCUCACGCUGCGACACGCAAACACGCUGAGCCACCCUCCGGCUCCCGGCGGAGGGAGUGGCCGACCUUACACCUGCCCGUACUGCACCAAGUGUUUCACCUACCCCUCCCACCAGCGCAGACACCUGUUACGCCACACAGGAGUCCGACUGCAUCCAUGUCAGUUUUGUGACAAGAGCUUCCUCACUCCCUCCGAGCUCACUGUGCACACCCGCACGCACACGGGGGAGCGGCCUUUCGGCUGCGCUCAGUGUGGUAAACGUUUUGCCCGGAGCGGCAACUUGAGAGCUCACCAGCGGGAUGUGCACAUGGGGAAGAGGCCCUUUGCCUGCACAGAGUGCGGGAAGAGAUUUGCCCACAGGGGGAACCUGAGGGUGCACAAUCACAGAGUCCAUCAAGGAGAUCCCUACUACACGGAUGAACAGCCGGAGCCCGACAUAGGCCCCAAUCCCAUUUGAAAGGUUUGAAAAAGUAAUAGCUCUGCACUUUAAUUUUGUUUGCAAAAUAAACCUUAGGAAACCGUAACUUAUUUCUGAACACUUGACAUGUUUUUGUUUUGUUUGUUUGUUUGCUUUUUAAAUUUUAUACGGGGAAACUUUAAGAUUAACCAUCAUCAAAUGUUAUAAAAAGUUAAUACGAAUUUUAUUUAAGUGUCUUAAUUCAAUGUCAGAAUUUUAAGUCCCACUUAAGCUUUGUAUUAACUGUAUUGUAAAUGACUGGUCAGAAUUAUCCAUAAAUGAGAGAUAUUAACUAAUGUAUUGAAAAUAACCUUUCCCUCGGAUGACUUUAUCCUCCAAUAAUGUUGUUCCCAAUCAUCCAAAGUCACUGAACAUAUCUGAGACCCUUUUCAUUACUUGAAGUGAAAGAACAACAAAAUAAUGUUUUUCUUAAAUCCAAUAAAGUCCAGUUGGUAUUAUUUUUAGACGUGGCAUGCGCAGGAGGUUGGAUAGCACGUCUCUUCCUUCAAAGUUAUGCUUAUGUGCUGCCCAGCUCCUCAAACUUGCUAUUUGAAAAAUAGAAACAUGUUAUUGCAACUAGUACAUAACCGUGUUGUUGAAAAGGAACUGUGUAUUUUUUCCUAAUUCUGUUUUUGCAAGAUACAAUUCAAUAAUAUACACAAAAAAUAAAUAGUUUUCAGUCAAUACAUUGUUCAGUACGGUUGGACAUUGUUGCACCGUUCUUUGCCAGACACCAGGGGGCGCUGUCAACACACAAGAUAUAAUAGGAUUCGGACAUCAGCAAGUUGAACCAUGUGCCCAAGUUGCAGAUCUUUUCCCUGAUGCUUGCACUGCCAAGCCACAUCUCUCAUGUGCUGAUAAGGCAACAUCUAAAUGAGUAUUUGAGUUGCUGUGCAAAACCUAAUUUCUCUCCCUGCAGUGUGUGUGUGUGUGUGUGUGCGUGAGCAGUCAUGAGCAGUUUUUUGACUUUAUAGCAAUCUCUUUUUCCAUUAUCAAGACA